UGGAUUAAUCCUGUCUGCGGUACGAUCGUGUGCCCUCGUUCCAGACAUUUUUGGUGAAGGAGGAUCGGAUGGGAGAAAAAACGAUUGGCUGUUGUGGAGUCCUUUGGAGACUUGCUGAGCCUUUAUGAUCUCUGUGAUAGGGAUCCAUCAGAUCCGGGUUAAAAUGAAAGUAGUGAUUCUGGCUGCUGGCUACGGCACAAGACUUCUUAAAGAUUUACAGGAAGCAAAAGAAGAGCAAUAUACGAAGCUUGCAGGGGUACCCAAACCCCUACUCCCAAUUGGAAAGGUUCCGCUUAUUUCUUAUUGGGUGGAGGCCUUAAAAUCAAGAGAGGACACCGAAAAUAUAUUUGUAGUGACUAAUGAACUAUACUACAGUAAAUUCAAGGAGUGGGCAGAGAAUUACCCUUGUGUAAAAGUAAUAAAUGAUGGCACGUCCACUAAUGAGGAGCGUCUAGGUGCCGUCUCUUGCCUUCAACUGGUCAUUGAGAGAUUUAGGAUAGAUGAUCAUGUCAUUGUUAUUGGAGGGGAUACCUUAUUUUAUGAAGAUUUUCAUCUGCAAGAUGUUUUAGAGAAAUAUGAAACACUUCAUAAAGGCAAUAGCCAAGCAAACUUAGUAAUGUCAUACAGCUGCAGAGAAGAAGAAAUAAGGAAAUAUGGAAUUCUGGAAACAGAUGAAAACCAAAAAAUCACAGCUUUACUGGAAAAACCUUCACCCACCGAUACAACAUCAAGACAAGCCUGCCCAUGUUUCUAUGUUUUCUCUAAACACACGGUGCCGCUUGUGAAAGAGUUUCUCAUCGAAAAGAAGGAUGCUCCAAUCAGUGAAAAAGAUGCACCGGGCCUUUUUCUAUCCUGGCUUGUUAUAAGAAAACCAGUGUACUGCCAUACAUUAUCUGGUCGGUUUGAUGUUGGAAACUUAGAAUCGUAUAUAAAGUGCAAUGAGUACUUUAAGGACAAGAUAAAUAUUGCCAACUAUCUUCAGUAACUGGUCUGUGCAACGUGAAUGAGAACACAGGAUGGAAGAUUCAUUUAUUUCAAAAGGUUUUCUUCUGCAAUACACCAAAUGAACAUUUCACACUUUUUAUCAUUUUCAAUUAAAUUUUAUUAGCAGUAUUUUAAAUGUAAAAUAUAGUAUAUGUUCUUACAGCAACUUUCCAUAAAACAACUAAAAGCCUAUUCAAUCAA